GUUUUCCCGGGCUCUGGCGGGAAACUGCUUAUCUAGCAGAAGUGGAUAAAGAGAUGGCUGGUGUUUCUAUUCGUUUCUUGUUGAUAGUGGGUCUAGUCUCAUACUGUGCAGCUAGUGAAGAGAUUAUUGAAGAUAAAGGAGAUAUCAUACAUGGUGUCUACUUGGAGCCAUUCUCUUCUCUCAUUCUAAGGGAUUCCGACCAGUCUCUCCGUUUAUCCAUUUAUUAUGAUGAUUCUAUUACAAACGGGAUACCAAGCAGUGUCAGGGAUAGGAUUCAAAAUUCUAUUGUUCCUAAAUUAAAGACCUUUUUUGAGUCCCUCCUGAUGGUACGACCAACACAAGCACCAAUACUCCUACAGAGAAGUUGCACUGGUGGCUCCUACUACCCUACUAACAUUAACAACACAAUAAGGUGUGCUUAUACCUGUCAAUCAUCUACUACCUGUGGACAAACAACCGUUCCUUCAGACCACUUAAAGGCUUGCAUACAGUGCAAUGGGAAUAGUAAUACAUGUACUAAGACUGGUAGUGAUGGAUCUGGUAUAUCCAAUGCUGAUAUGAUACUUUAUGUAUCAGCAGUUGUUGCUGGAAGCUGUGGAGGAGGAAGUGGCUCAACUUCUACAAUAGCAUUUGCAACAACGUGCCAAAUGGAGAGUGCAUUAGACAGACCUAUAGCUGGUUCUGUUAAUUUCUGUCCCUCGGCAAUUACUGAUAAAGUAACUGAUGACUUCAUUAUUGCAACAGCUAAACACGAAAUAAUCCAUGCACUGGCAUUUUCACCGUCACUAUAUCCUUUCUGGAGAGAUCAAAAUGGAAAGCCAAGAACAGACAGAGAUAGCAAUGGCUACCCACCAAGAGGCAGUGGAUACUAUAACUACAUGUGGAGUGAUAGCACAAUAAAACAAGUGACUUAUAAUGACUGGCAGGUUUAUAAAGGAUCAGUCAGUCACACUGUCAAUCUUGUAGUCACUCCUACUGUUGUAGCUGAAGCUGCAAGAUACUUCGAUUGCUCUAGUCUAGUAGGCGUAGAAUUAGAGAAUCAAGGAGGACAAGGAACACAGUUAUCUCAUUGGGAGAAAAGAAUAUUAGGAAAUGAAGUAAUGACUGGUAUCAUUGAUUCUAAUCCAACACUGUCUAAUAUAACAUUGGCACUGUUGGAGGACAGUGGUUGGUAUAAAGUCAACUAUGUUUAUGGUGAGUAUCUUGCUUGGGGGUACAAGAAAGGCUGCAGCUUAGCUACUAAAAGUUGCUAUCAAUACAUGAAUGAGAGGUCAAAAUCCGGUGAGAGUCUAACACCAUUCUGUAAUCAGUUCAGCUCCUCCAAUCAGGGACUGAGGUAUGGUUGUACAGCUGAUAGAGAGUAUAAAGCUGAAUGCAAUCUUGCUAAAUACACUACCUCCUUACCUCAGGAAUAUCAAUAUUUCAGUGAUCCUACUGUUGGUGGAGGCAAUCAAGUUGGUGACUUCUGUCCUUAUCAAAAUUCAUUCAGUUAUACAAGUGGUAGAGAUACACAAUGCAGCAAUCCUAGCAACCAGCCUCCAGAUAAUCAAGAUAUUGCUGCUGAGACAUACGGUCCAGGAUCAAAGUGUUUCAAUCAUGCAAACCAGUGGACCCUGGGAACUAACAUAGGACCACUCAUGGACUCUGGUUGCUAUAAGUGCAGUUGUAAUGGAGACUGGAGCUCAUUGACUGUGUAUGUUAAAGGAACAGCUUACACUUGCAACAAACCAGGACAAACUUUCAAUAUUAGUGCUCCAUCAAACGGGUUUGGACAAUAUAAUGGAAUGAUGGCUUGUCCUUCCUCUUUUGAAACUGUUUGCCAAGAGAGUAACUAACAGAGAAGAAGGUAUUAUUAUUGACAAAGUGUGUGUGUGUUUUUAAAAUACUUUAUUAACCAGUUUUAGUUAUUAAAAUGUAGUAGCUUUAUUCUUAGCAGGUGGCUCUUGCUCUGUUUCAUAUUCUAUUUCAAUUAA